CCUUCUUCUUCUCCUCCUUCUCCUCCUCCUCCUUCUUCUUCUCCUUCUCCUCCUUCUUCUUCUUCCCCUCCUCCCCCUUCUCCAACUCCUCCUCCUCCUUCUUCUUCUUCUUCCUCUUCCGUGUUAUGAAUAUUACUUUGUAACUUCUCGUAUAGCUGGUAACGGCACACCGUGUUUAUUUAACUGAACCAAAGGAUAACACUUCAUCAUCUAUUAACUUCAGGUUGCUCCUCGUUGCCAUGACGAACAUGAAUUCCUCACCAGAGCUGAGUUGUCCUACAGUCCCACUCUCCAAUGGUCUGCAGAUACCAAUACUUGGAUUAGGCACAUCACAUCAGGGCGGAUACUCUCACGAUGCCAUUGUGUAUGCACUCACUGAGUGUGGCGUGCGCCACAUUGACACAGCAAAGCGCUACGGCUGUGAGGAGAAACUGGGUGAAGCUAUCAGAGAAAGUGGGGUUCCACGGAGUGAUCUGUGGAUCACAAAUAAACUGUGGCAAGGGGACUACGGAUACAAAGCUGCAAAGAAGGCCUGCCUGGACUCUCACUCACAGAUGGGGGUGGAAUAUUUUGAUCUGUACCUGAUGCACUGGCCAGGGUCAGAGCAACCUGGUCGCUCCAACAGGGAGAUGAGAGCUGAGACCUGGAGGGCUUUGGAGGACCUGAAUAAAGAAGGGCUGUGCCGUGCUAUUGGAGUGAGCAACUUCAUGGUCCACCACCUGGAGGAGUUAAAGGAAGACUGUAGUAUCGUGCCACAUGUUAACCAGGUGGAGUACCAUCCUUUCCAGCAGCCCAAUCCCCUGAUAGAGUACUGCCGUCAGGAGGGAAUUGUGUUUGAAGGGUACAGUCCUCUGGGCAAGGGUGAAGUCCUCAGCGACCCAACUGUUCUCCACAUAGCAGAAAAAUACAGACGCACACCAGCUCAGAUCUGCAUCCGCUGGAGUAUUCAGAAUGGAGUUGUCACAAUACCAAAAUCCAUCAGAAAGGAGAGGAUUCAAGAAAACUGUCAAGUGUUUGGGUUCCAGCUGGAGGAGUCGGACAUGGCCGCUUUGGGAAGCUUGCACGAUGGAAGACACGUUACUUGGGAUCCAACACAUGUGGAGUAACAAAAUGUGACAAAACUCUUUGAACUAGUUUUGUCAGUUGGCUGAAGAAAUUUGGAGAUUGGAAUAAGAUUUAAUUGUGUUGCACCUUGCCUGAAGGAGACUGUGAACUCAGAAGGACAAAAACUUUGUUAAGUGCUGUAUUUUAUACAAAUAUGUACAUUUUUUAAUAAUGCAAGAAUGACAAUCAUAGGUAACAUAGAAAAGAUGAUUUUAGAAUCCUUUCUAAAUGCUGAAUAUUUACCUGUCACACUGAGGAUGUGAAUAUUUUUGUGAUAGAAAUAUUUCAGCUCAGCACAAGUUAAACCAGUAAUGUAUUGAUGUGCUAAGGACUAUGAAGCAAAAUGGACAAAUCUAAAGCGAUGUGUACAAGGAAGGGAAAUUCAAAUCCUUAUUGGAAAGAGAUGUAGCAAAGGAUUUACUUGAAACGGUAGAUACUGUCACUUGAUUUACACCAGAAUUGUGGUUUAAUCUAGUAGUAGUACUCUCAGAAUCUCAGGCAGAACAGCAGGGACCACCCAAAAAAAAAACACCCAGACCGACCUUGUUAAUUCCUAGAAAAACGAUUUAAAAAUGGUUUAUGUAAAUAUUUACAUAAAAGUAAAAUAAAAGUUUCACUUUGACAUUAAAAACAACGUUGCACCAUGA